AUGUCUGCCCCUCCACCAGAGCAACCCAUCUACUACAGCCCUGCUCCAGCUGGCGGCGUAGUAAACCCUGAUGGCACACAAGCACAAUAUCAGUAUGUCACACCACAGCAACCUAGCACACCUUAUCAACAGCCUGAUACACCUUACCAACAGCCUGGCACACCUUACCAACAGCCUGGUACACCUUAUCAGCAAUACAGCCCACAGCCCGGUACAGCUGACGGCACAACAUUGACACAACCUUUCUAUGCAGCCCAGUCGCCUGUCCCUGCUCAGGCUUCCCAACCUGUCUAUACCACAGCAUCGCCUGUGCCUGGUACCGUAUACGCUCAACCUGGUUAUGAACAAAAGCCAUUAGAUGGGCAACAGCAGCAGGGAGUCUACUAUGCACAACAGGCCCCUAUCCAGCAGCAGCCACAGACAUUUGUUGUCACAACUGAGACCACCACGGAUUCGCCUGUCAUCACUGGCGACGGAACCGGUUUGACUGGCAAGAUGCCCCAACUGAAAGAGUGCUGUCUGUGCUUCCCCUUGCACACCGGAGCCUUGAUUAUUGCCGCAGUCAUGACCAUCUACUACGGAUACUUGGGUAUUAACCUGUUCUCCUGGGGAAUUUUCGUCGGCGUCUACAUUAGUUAUAUCAUCUUUGGAGUCAUUUAUAUCAUGAUUGCUGUCGUUUCGGGAUACGGUUUCGUUGGUAUUUACAAGGAGAACCCAGUUUUUGUCGAUCGUUUCAUCAAGAUGUUCAUCGUCUGCUCAAUCAUCUGGUUCGCACUGAAUCUUCUUCAAAUGAUCAUCCUUGUGGCUAAUGGCUUUUACCUUAACUGGGCUUGGUGGAUCGUCAACCUCCUCAUCGCAGGAUUGCUCCAAUACUACUUCUGCGUCUGCCUUGUCUCAUACCAGCGCGUGCUUCAUGCCCGUGUGGGAGGUGGCCAGAAAAUCUAA